CCGCGGUCAACUCCCCUCAAUAUGCGAUUUCCAUCCCGAACUUCAUCCAGAUGAUUCCGCUUCCUAUACGAUUCUUCCCCAUUCGCCAACAACUCAUUCGUAGUCGCCCUUUGAUUUCUCCGCCGUUUCGCCGACUGUUACACCGUCAGGAUGGCUUGGUAAAGGUCAAAAGGGUCAGGUUUAAGCAGGCUCCGGCGCGAAGGCGGUUUCUCUUCAAAUGUCUAGCCUACGGGUUCGCCAUCGCCGCAUGGAACAAGCUUGUCUGGAGGCCUUUUCUCAACUUUCUUGACGACAGCGAUGAGGAUGAGGAUGAGGAGUCACAAAUCGAAUGGGAGACGGAGCAAAAAGUACCCGAUAGGGAAGAUCGCGCAGAACAUGACCGAGAUCCGUUAUUUAUUCCGUUGGCCAUGCCGAGCCUUGUGGACGGCCCACGCUACACCCGAGACGGCCCGGAGUGGACGGCCUUUGUCAAGAUUGCAGAGGAUGAGCAGUGGUUAUCAGAAUUGCAGGCUGAGCUGGCAGAUAUUGUGCAUACGAUUCUGACGAGGCAUCCGCUGGUCUCCGACCGGCUAGGCCAGCCUUCUUGGAUCAACCAAGCCAUGCUUAACCCAAUAUUUCCGACCACAGCACCCCCAGAGUACCGCCAUCUUGGAUUUGAAAUUCACGACGACGGCACUGUCGAUACAGUGACACGCCAAAUUCCAAUGGAUGAAGGGGCCAGGUUUCGGGAUAUCAUAGUCCCUUCAGCCUUUGUCCUCUCUUUGGUUGGGGCAGGACAGACAUUUUUCAAAUUGAAAAUAGCGAAACUUAGAUCGUUUCUUGCGGAUAAUUCAAACCCAGCUCAGGAGCAACAUCAAGAAAGUGGAUCUUCACAGCGCGCAUCAUCUCCUUCAAGCGCUAGAGAUCCCGGGUCAACAGCUCUGUCACAGAAACAAUCGAAUUAUUCUGCCAGUGACUCUUUGAAAGGGGCUAUUCCCAAAAUUGAAACCUCACCUCAGCUCCGUUCUGAUGAGAAAUCGAGCUUUAAAUCUAUUCUUUCUACCGUUCCCGAACCAGACCCUGAUUUCAUGGCGGCUGCGGAUACUUUUAAACAGCUGUUGCGAAACAGGCCGCCAAACCAAUCUAUACCACGAGGCUGCUUUUUCGUGUGGGGCAUGGUCUCUAUACGAGGCCAAAAAGGGGAUUGUAUUGUCCAUGUUAAUGCACUAUAUGACCCUUCGGAAGCGGUUUGGAUUGGAUGCGAUAUUGAUAUAAACUACUUAACUUAGGCUCUUCCACCUAAUACCCGAAAGACCUCUUGCGAAUAAUUUAUUCGACAAGCUUCUCGAUUCAUUCUUUCCAGCCCGUAACUCAGUUCUUCAGACUAUAAAUAGGGUGGAGGCAGGAGUCGGCGUUCCCAUAUCGUCUUUACAUAAUUCUUUUCUUUUCUCUCCUUCUCUUGGGGGAAUCCGGAACUAUCAAUGGGCGGGCUUUACAUAUACACGAGAUACCUUUACACAAGGACCAGGCGUUACUCGGUAAAAGCAUGUUGUUUUAUCAGUGAUAAUCUUUAGAAUCGAAAUCCAAAUAUCACUAGAU